CAUCCGGGACCGGGCUUCUCUGGCUGGUUGUCUCAGCUGCUCUGGAGGAUUCAGACCGGAUUAGUAAAGUACCUCUGAUCCAACCAUGACCAGGUGGGCUAGAGUUACUACUUCAAAUAGUAAGAGACCCUUGUCAGCAACAUCAUGGGAGGACAUGAAGAAGGGCUCUGCGGAGAGAGCAAACCAAAACCUUCCAAAUCAUAAGCAAUGUCAAAGCAGUCGGCUGUCCCUUAAAAACGAUUCGCCUCAAGCAAAACGUAAAAAGAACAAAAAGAAAAAAGAGUACUUGAAUGAAGAUGUGAAUGGGUUCAUGGAGUACCUGAAACAGAGCUCACAGGUGCUUCACAAUGGACAGCUGAUAGCAGCCGACAGCCAGGAAAUAAGGGAAGAAAUUGCAGUGGCCUUAAAGAAGGACAGUCGACGGGAAGAAAGGCGGCUAAAGAGACAGGCGGCAAAGAAGAAUGCAAUGAAAAGGGCAGAGUCUCUGUGGGUUGGUAACCGGUCACAGGAGGAACAUGGCGAUGGAAUGAAACAGAAAUACAAACGCCGAAGGGGUAGUAACAAUGGCAACGUUCUCAGAAAUGCUAUGGAUGGUCACACCAGCUGA